AUGGCAGAUGACAAGCACGAAGUCGUAGAGCGUCAAGUAGGCAAAGGAUUCGAGGCCCGCUUCGACCUCGACGAUGCAUUCUCAGACAGUGAGGAUGCUGAUUAUAACCUCGAGUUCAGCUCCGCAGCUAUCAGGAAACAUCUCGCCGAGAACCCGAGUUGGACCGGAAAUAAUGACCGAGAAGAUGACGGGGAGACAGAGAAUAGCUCUGUGCGCGACCACGACACGUCGAUAUCAACGUUUUGUCUCGAUGGGAGCUCAAACUCAUAUUCAGAGUCUAGAUCUUCUUCCUUGUCAUCACCACCGCUGACUGCGGAAGAGCAACCUGAUGAGCAGGAGGUUCCUCAGGACUUCUCUGAUAUCACACUCUCAGAAGAACCGAGUGUAAACGGACACUCGACUAGCCAUGGAGAUACCCAAGAGGGGGAUGCCUCCCCUCUACGGGAUACCUCCCCUCCGUGGGAUACUUCAUAUCCCGCCGUUCACAUCGACGUCAGUAGAUCACCGCCAAGUCGCGUAAUGAUGAGUACGGGCGCAGAAAGCAAUGGAAAGGAUCAUCAGGAAGACGAAGCGGUACACCCAGUCGAGAAUGCAUCUUCUUCCUACCUCCCUGCGCCUAGUCAUGAUAUUCCACCACUUCCUCCAUCCCCAUCUUCCCCCGGGACCGAGUGCCUUCCAGAAAGUAAUGAGCCAGACACGCCCUCAUUUCCUGCCUCCGAAGAACCGUCAAGAGACCAGAAACAUAUGGCGGACUGGCAGGCCAUGAUGAAACAAAGUCGCGCUGCAGAGGAGAAACGGCGGAAAGCACUGCAAGAACGACGUUUAGCUCGCGAGCUCAAGAUCGAGCAGUCCAUGUACAAAUGGGAGAAGGAGAUCCUCCCUGAUUGGCGAGUCGUUUAUAAGAAUCCCAAUCUUCGCAGACUUUGGUGGAACGGUAUACCUACGAAAUUACGCGCUUCUAUGUGGCAGCAAGCUGUCGGUAACGCACUCGCUCUGAGUAAUGAUAACUACAGGAACUGUCUCAGUCGAGCUAGUCGCGCACUCUCGUCCGGCUCAUUUCCUGCCGAAACAUUACAGGCCGUCGAGCAAGACAUCUUGUCCACCCUUCCCGCCCUGCACAUCUUCCACCCUGAAACUGGGCCACUCUACAAAGACCUCAGGGACAUGUUGUGCGCAUGGGUCGUCUCUCGUGCAGAUGAGGGUCUGGGAUAUGUGCACGGGACCGCCAAGAUCGCCGGGAUGAUAUUACUCAACAUGAAGCCACAGCAAGGCUUCAUAGUGAUGAGAAAUCUCUUGGAGAGACAUUGCAUGAGGUCAUUAUAUGGCAGCGUUGCUGCCAAGGAUGACGUUGAGGCCUAUUAUCGGAUAUUCGACACGCUCUUAGCUGACUGCAUGCCAAAAAUAUACUUCAAUUUCAAGCAGCACCAGAUAUCACCUAGUGCAUAUCUCCCUGACUGGCUUAUCCCGUUAUUCUUGGACCACCUGCCCUUCGAAGCAUGCGCACGCCUGUGGGACGUUCUCCUACUAGAAGGGGACUCUUUUCUUUUUCGCGCUGCUCUCGCUAUUCUUGCAGUCCUUGAACCACGACUAUUCUUCCCCGACCGACAGGAACUUCUAGACCUCCUCCGAGGUGAAAAUAAGGCUGCGCUAGAAGUAGCCAAACGGGAGGGGCGUCCACUGGAUGGUGCAAAAUAUGACAUCUACGGCGUGGACGAAGAGACGCUUUGGGAACGCAUUGAUAGUAUGGAGGACUGGUGGAAGGAGUCUACAUGGAGACGUCUGACGCAGCGAGAACUGCCAGAUUUGUAG